AUGACUAUAACUCUACAGGAUAUAGCAAUCCUUACAGGAUUGCCUAUUGAUGGCAAUGCAGUGUGCGGGCCAAUAAAUUUGACUUGGAGUACAGAAUGUCGUAAUUUACUUGGGGUGACACCACCUGAAACAGCAUUGAAAUUUGGUGGCCUUAAAAUAACAUGGGUAAGGGAUACAUUCUCAAACCUACCAGAGGGUGCCAAUGCUAUAACAACCCAACAACAUGCUAGGGCAUACAUGUUUCAGGUUUUGGCUUUACUAUUUGGAAAUAAGAGCCAAAGUAGAUUGCAUUGCUGCUUUCUCAAGCUGUUAGACGACUUUGGUGUAGCUGGGGAAUAUAGCUGGGGUAGUGCUACACUAGCUUACCUUUAUAAAGAGCUGUGUACUGCUGCUAUUAAAAAAAGCACGGAGAUUGCAGGUCCUGUUUUCAUAUUACAAUUAUGGGCAUGGGAGCAUCUUCCAUAUCUGACCCCAAUUCCAAUAAAUCCAACAAAUUUAAAUGGCGACGACCCAUACGGUUGCAGGUGGAAUACCAAAAGAACAUUCACUCAUACACCAAUGCAUGUUUUGCGUUCAUACCGUUCUAAUCACGAUACACAUAAUAAUAAACAGGUUAUUUGGACACUAUACGAUAACUAUAUGCAUCCAUGGUGUCUUGCAGAAAGAAAUAUAUGGACUACAACAGCGCCAUUGCUGUGCUUCCAAAUUGUAGAGUAUUACCAUCCAGAAAGAGUCAUGCAACAGUUUGGGUUGUUGCAAAGAUGUCCAAGGUGGCCUAUAGACAAUUUGGAUAAAUCUGUGCAUUGUAUAAAGUUGACAGGAAAGUCCACUGUCAAUUGGAGAAUGCAGCAUGACCAAUACUACGAGCGUUGGAAUAUGCGAGCUGAACUUCUAGUUGGAGAUGACCAUUUUGAUUCAAGUGUGGACUAUGCAACAUGGUACCAGCAAAAUGGUCACCUAUUCACAACACCAGAGGCGGCUGCCCAUAUAUACCAGCAAACUGAGGUCAAUAAAAUGUUAAAUUUAGCUGUUGCAAAUCAACAGAGGAAUGAUCUCACAGCACAGCAAGUCCUUCCACCAAUAGUAGAGGGCCUUACUCGACUGAAGUUAUCAAUGGAAGCAAAUAUUUCCUCCGUCCCUACUGAAAGGGUGACAAACUUCAGGCGACGACAAAGGCGCCAAGGAAGAUAG